AAAGUUAUCCUUCACUUUCGUUCCCUUUUCCUGUUGAUCAAACAGUGUAAAGUCUUCCGUGCGAAGUUGCAGGAGUUGGAAAGAAGUUAGAACAAACCCCCCACGCCCACCGCCGAGGAAUCACUUCUCCGUGUCACUUUCGCCACCCGCCUGACACAUCUGUUGCCGGCAAAACAAAUAUCUUUUAUCUGGAGGAUCAAAAUUAAAGAAAGAGGCAAAAAAAAAAAAGUAACAUCAAUGAACAUCUUCUCAAAGAAGCCCACCGCCAAAGAGGCUCUGCGACAGAGCAAAAGAGAAAUGACCAAUGCCACCAGAGGGAUUGAGAGAGAAAUUACUGGACUACAAUUAGAGGAAAAGAAGCUUGUUGCUGAGAUAAAGAGAACUGCUAAGACAGGCAAUGAGGCAGCAGCCAAAACUCUAGCACGUCAACUGGUUAGGCUGAGACAGCAGAUAGCCAACUUGCAGGGUAGUCGAGCUCAAAUGAGAGGUAUUGCUACUCACACUCAGGCAAUUUCUGCCCACUCUUCGGUCGCUGUCGGCAUGAAAGGUGCUACUAAAGCUAUGUCAGCAAUGAAUAAGCAAAUGUCCCCAGCAAAUCAGGCAAAGGUAAUGCAAGAGUUCCAGAAGCAAUCAGGGCAGAUGGACAUGACGACUGAGAUGAUGUCAGAUGCCAUAGAUGAUGUUCUGGAUGAUGAUGAUGCGGAAGAUGAAAGUGAAGAGUUGACGAAUCAGGUGCUAGAUGAAAUUGGCGUUGAUGUUGCCUCACAGUUGUCAGCAGCUCCCAGGGGAAAAAUUGCUGGGAAGAACACUGAGGAUGGAAGCAGUUCGGGGAUUGAUGAUCUGGAGAAGAGAUUGGCUGCGCUUAGAAAUCCCUAAGGGAUUGUCUUUGGAUUGGUUACCGUGUUUCCUCCCAGAUUGUUGAUUGGCAGUACGGUCUGCAGUUAUUCACAGUUGUACAUGUCACAUAUUUGUCCUACCAUUUUGUAAAAACAAAGUUAGCUAACCCUGUUUUUCAUUACAUUGAGGCCAUGUGUGAUAGAUUUUAAGUAGGAAGAAUGCUCGAAAUUUUUUUCAGUAGAAUUAUGUGCCUUGGGCUAUACGUUUAUUCAGUUCCGAAAUCCAUGUGAUUACAUUAGAAUUCA